AUGGCGGGCCGGGGCGGAGGUCUAUUGCACUUAGCUUUAUCUUCAUUCUUCUUGUUAUUUUUGUUGUGGCGGCGCGGGGCGGAGGCGGCGCACAUUAAGAAAGCGGAGGCUGCGGCCUCCACGGAGCCCUCGGCUGCCGGCGGCGCGGUGGCGACGCGCUACCUGGACGAAGCGGAGCUGGGGGCGUCGCUGCGUCGCUUGGCGGAGGACGAGGCCCCUCGCGGCUUGGCCCGGCUCUUCUCCAUCGGCCGCUCGGGCGAAGGCCGGGAGUUGUGGGUGCUGCGCCUCAGCGCCGACCUGCCGGAGCCCGGCGGCCGGAGCGGCGACGUCGGCGACCCGGUGGGCGGACCCCCUAUCCCGGGCCGCCCGCAAGUCAAGCUGGUGGCCAACAUGCACGGCGACGAGGCCCUGGGCAGGGCCCUGGUGGUCCGCCUGGCCCGCGAGCUGGUUGCAGGGUGGCUGCGCGGGGAGCCCCGGGCGCAGCGCCUCCUCAACGCCACCGACCUCUACCUCAUGCCCAGCCUCAACCCGGACGGCUUCGCCCGCGCCGAGGAGGGCGACUGCGGCGCCGAGCAGGACGCCUCCGGGAGGGAGAACGCCAGGGGGAAAGACCUCAACCGCAGCUUCCCGGACCAGUUCGGGGCAGCCCAGCCGGACCUGGCCAACGUCCCCGAAGUGCGCGCCCUCAUGGAGUGGAUGCGGCGCAACCGCCCUCCCUCCAGCCUUUCUUAUUGGAUCUUUUGCCCCCUUCCUCUUUCCUAUUGGCUGUUUGCCGUCUUCUCCGAUUGGCGCGCUGCCCUGCUCCCUCCUCGCCAAUCGAGUGUCGAGUUACCUCAGCGAGCACUUUUCCUCCCCUCAGCGGCGGCGAGCGAGCGGCCUGUCACAUCUGAGGCGGCGAUGGCGGGCCGGGGCGGAGGUCUAUUGCACUUAGCUUUAUCUUCAUUCUUCUUGUUAUUUUUGUUGUGGCGGCGCGGGGCGGAGGCGGCGCACAUUAAGAAAGCGGAGGCUGCGGCCUCCACGGAGCCCUCGGCUGCCGGCGGCGCGGUGGCGACGCGCUACCUGGACGAAGCGGAGCUGGGGGCGUCGCUGCGUCGCUUGGCGGAGGACGAGGCCCCUCGCGGCUUGGCCCGGCUCUUCUCCAUCGGCCGCUCGGGCGAAGGCCGGGAGUUGUGGGUGCUGCGCCUCAGCGCCGACCUGCCGGAGCCCGGCGGCCGGAGCGGCGACGUCGGCGACCCGGUGGGCGGACCCCCUAUCCCGGGCCGCCCGCAAGUCAAGCUGGUGGCCAACAUGCACGGCGACGAGGCCCUGGGCAGGGCCCUGGUGGUCCGCCUGGCCCGCGAGCUGGUUGCAGGGUGGCUGCGCGGGGAGCCCCGGGCGCAGCGCCUCCUCAACGCCACCGACCUCUACCUCAUGCCCAGCCUCAACCCGGACGGCUUCGCCCGCGCCGAGGAGGGCGACUGCGGCGCCGAGCAGGACGCCUCCGGGAGGGAGAACGCCAGGGGGAAAGACCUCAACCGCAGCUUCCCGGACCAGUUCGGGGCAGCCCAGCCGGACCUGGCCAACGUCCCCGAAGUGCGCGCCCUCAUGGAGUGGAUGCGGCGCAACCGGUUUGUGCUUUCCGGGAACCUGCACGGGGGAUCUGUUGUUGCAAGCUAUCCAUUUGAUGACUCCGCUGUGCACAAGACCUCUGGGGUGUACAGCAAAUCUGCUGAUGAUGAAGUAUUCAGGUAUUUGGCAAAGGCUUAUGCAUCAAACCAUCCAAUAAUGAAAACCGGCAUCCCAAACUGCCCUGGGGAGGAAGAAGAAACUUUCCAAGAUGGCAUCACCAAUGGUGCUCAGUGGUACGACGUGGAAGGUGGCAUGCAGGAUUAUAACUACUUGUGGGCCAAUUGCUUUGAAGUCACCUUUGAGCUUUCCUGCUGUAAAUACCCACCAGCUUCGCAGCUUGAGAAGGAAUGGGAGAAUAACCGGGAAUCUCUUCUCGCCUUCAUUGAAAAAGUUCACAUUGGAAUCAAAGGGUUUGUGAGGGAUUUGGUGACUGGGGCUGGCUUGGAAAAUGCAACUAUUGCUGUGGCUGGGAUUGAUCACAACAUCACAACUGACUGGUUUGGUGACUAUCACAGACUGCUGGUGCCUGGGACCUACAACAUCACAGCUGCUGUCAUGGGCUACCUGCCUGUCACCAAAGUGAAUGUAGAAGUCAAGGAAGGGAAUGCAACUGUUGUGGACUUCUCCUUGCAACCUUCAAUAGCAGUGCCGGCCUCUGACCCAACAUAUGUGCCACUAGCCACCACAGAGUCUGUUACCAACACCACCAACACCACUGAUGCAAAUAGGACAACUUCCUUCCACCAAGCGAUCCAACCAGAGGAAUUCCGCCAUCAUCAUUUCCCUGACAUGGAGAUCUUCCUGAGGAAAUAUGCCACCGAGUACCCAAAUAUUGCUCGCCUCUAUUCAGUUGGCAAGUCGGUGAAGCAGCUGGAAUUGUAUGUCAUGGAAAUAUCUGACAACCCAGGCAUCCACGAAGCAGCUGAACCAGAGUUCAAGUAUAUUGCAAAUAUGCAUGGCAAUGAGGUAGUAGGAAGAGAGCUUCUCCUUAAUCUCAUUGAGUACCUCUGCAAGAACUAUGGCACAGAUCCUGAAGUAACUGACUUGGUCCAAAACACUCGGAUCCACAUCAUGCCAUCCAUGAACCCUGACGGCUACGAGAAAGCCCAUGAAGGAGACAGAUUGGGGAUUGUUGGCAGAAACAACAGCAACAACUAUGACCUGAAUCGGAAUUUCCCUGAUCAGUUCUUCCAGAUCACAGACCCUCCACAGCCAGAGACAUUAGCUGUCAUGAGCUGGCUGAAGACAUACCCAUUUGUGCUUUCUGCAAACUUGCAUGGAGGCUCUUUAGUGGUUAACUACCCCUAUGAUGACAACCAACAAGGAGUUGCGACAUAUAGUAGAUCCCCUGAUGAUGCAGUCUUUCAGAAAAUUGCACUUUCCUAUGCCAAGGAGAAUACACGGAUGUUUGAGGGUCACCCCUGUGCGGACAUGUAUCCUAGCGAGUACUUCCCUCACGGCAUCACCAAUGGAGCUCAGUGGUAUAAUGUUCCAGGUGGCAUGCAGGACUGGAAUUACUUAAACACCAAUUGCUUUGAAGUGACCAUUGAGUUGGGCUGCAUCAAAUAUCCUCAGGCAGAGGAGUUGCCAAAAUACUGGAAGCAGAAUCACAGGUCUCUGCUGCAAUUCAUCAAGCAGGUCCACCAAGGCGUCAAAGGGUUUGUGUUGGAUGCCACAGAUGGACGGGGCAUCUUAAAUGCGACCAUCAGUGUUGCGGACAUUGAUCACCCUGUCUCUACCUAUAAGAGUGGAGACUAUUGGCGCCUGUUGACCCAGGGAACAUACAAAAUUACAGCAUCUGCACGAGGGUAUAAUUCAGAAACUAAGACAGUGAAAGUUGGAGGUAAAGGUGCAGUGCAGGUCAACUUUACUUUGACUCGAAAAGACUCCAAAGUAGAGGAGGGGACAGUACCAGAUAUAAAUAUGGUUGGCCUCAACGGCACAGUCACCAAAGAGUUUGAGACCCUGAUUAAAGACCUCUCAGCAGAGAAUGGCUUGGAGCGCCUCCUGCUGUCGUCAUCGGCAGAUGUCCAGCCUCAUCGCUACCGUUCCUACAAUGAACUCUCUGAGUCUCUUAGAGGCCUCAACUUGAACUAUCGGAAGAUCACGAAUCUCUCUAGCUUGGGCCAAAGUGUUGAGUUUCGUCAUAUCUGGUCCCUGGAAAUCUCCAACAAACCCAAAGAAUCUGAGCCAGAGGAGCCAAAGAUCCGUUUUGUGGCUGGCAUCCAUGGCAACGCCCCUGUUGGCACAGAGCUGCUCUUGGCCUUGGCAGAGUUCCUCUGCAUGAACUACAAAAAGAACCUGGCCAUUACCAAGCUGAUUGACAAUACAAGAAUUGUCAUCGUGCCAUCCCUCAAUCCAGAUGGGCGAGAGAUUGCUCAGGAGAGAGACUGCACUUCAAAGACUGGCCUGACCAACAUUCAUGGCAAAGAUCUGGACACUGAUUUCACAAGCAAUUCCUCUGGGGCAAGAGAACCGGAAACCAAGGCCAUCAUGGACAACCUGAUCCUGAAGCAAGACUUCAGUCUCUCUGUUAACUUGGACGGAGGAUCUCUGCUUGUCACUUACCCCUAUGACAAGCCUGUGCAGACAGUGGAGAACAAAGAGACUCUGAGAUAUUUGGCAUCUGUGUAUGCAAACAACCAUCCCACAAUGCAUUUGGGCCAGCCUAGCUGUCCAAACAAGUCAGAUGAGAAUAUUCCUGGAGGGGUGUUGCUUGGGGCUGAAUGGAACAGUCACCUGGGAAGCAUGAAGGAUUUCAGUCUUUCCUACGGACACUGCCCAGAGAUUACGGUUUACACUGGCUGCUGUUACUUUCCCAGUGCGGGGCAGCUUCCUACCCUCUGGGCAGAGAAUAAGAAAUCUCUUCUCAGCAUGCUAGUGGAGGUUCAUAAAGGAGUCUAUGGGUUUGUCCGAGACAGGCAUGGACAGCCAGUGUUGAAAGCUCAAAUUGUGCUCAACGAAGGGGUAAAAGUCUACACUAAGGAAGGUGGUUAUUUCCAUGUGCUGCUGGCUCCUGGCUACCAUAAGAUCCAUGCUGUAGCGGAAGGCUAUCAGCAGCAGCAUGUCAAGGUCUUGGUUCGCCAUGACAUGGCUAGCUUUCUCCAUGUGCAGUUUGACACGGACAACAAGAUCUUUGGCCUUCCAAGGGAGUUGGUGGUUACGGUAGCAGGCGCUACCAUGACAGCUGUGAUCCUGACAGCCUGCAUCAUCUGGUGUGUGUGUUCCAUCAAGUCCAACCGGCACAAGGACGGCUUCCACCGCCUACGACAGCACCAUGACGACUAUGAGGAUGAGAUCCGCAUGAUGUCCACGGGCUCCAAGAAGUCCUUGCUGAGCCACGAGUUCCAGGAUGAAACGGACACUGAGGAGGAGACACUCUACUCCAGCAAACACUGACCCACCCGGCAGCAGGGAAGUUCCCUGCAGAGACAGAUCCUGCAACACUGAGCAUUUCCUCCCUCAAGCAACAGGCCCAAAACGUGUGUCCUCCCAAACCUUUGCUCUUGGCUCAUGCCAGUUCCUGGUUUAUGCACAAGGAGGGCACCCCACCCCACCCCACUCUCCAGCUGGCUUCUCUUCUAGUCAGGAGUGCAACUGGAAGCCUGGUUGCUUACAAGCCCACUCCAGGGAGGGGAACAACCAAAUGGUUUUGUGGCAUUGCUAGCACUUUGGCAAUGUUUUCCCUAAGCCCAUCUGAGUCUUUUCACUCCAUGCAAUUAUCUAUGAGAAAUUCACUGUAGCUGCCAAGACGUUUGUCUAAACUACUGCUGCUCCAGGAAGUCUUUGGAACCUCUUAUUCUCUUCUGCCUGGGGCAGUGUCAAUUGGUGCAGGGUGUUAGGAAACUGGUCUUUGCUCACUACUUAGAGGAAUUAAGCUCUUCCUUCUGUUAAGAAUGACUUCAGGUUAGGUUAUUUUGGCAGAAGCCUGACUCAUGGUUACCUUUGACUCCUAGCAAGAGAGGAGCGUUGUAUCAAGAUGCAAGAAUCUCUGUCUCCUGUUAAGGCGACAGUUCUUUUGAAAAAUAAAAAAUGUGUUUUGGUUGAGUUCUCUAGCACCAAUCCUGCUUCAAAAGUUCUGAUGUUCACUAUUUGACAAUGUAGACUAGCAAGAGUCUAAUGCUAGCUAGAUUGUGAGCCAGAAUUCCUGGCUUGGAUGCCAAAUGGUCCUUCACAGCUCAUUUUUUGGAUUCAGGCAGCCUUUGUACAAGCAGCCAGACUAGUGGCUUUCGUGACUGUGUAUCUGUAGUCUAGGAAAAUAAUUCCUCCUUGUAAACCUUAUUAAUAUGCAAUUGCUUUGAAAACUCACCAGGCUACUCCUAACCACAAAAAAGACUGGGGGGGGCACCUCCUACUUGAUCCUUCCUUUUUUGAGCACCAAGUCUGUAACUGCAAAUCUGCUUUUCUGCUGAGAUUAGAUUUUGCAAAAAAAAAAAUGUUUCAAUUUGCUGCUUCUCAAAGUAUCUCCAAAAAGGAGAGAGAAUGUUAGUGGGCCUGUUCUGGAUGGGAGGCACUACAGUGGUUAUUCCUCAUGUUGCAUGGUACAAGUCUAGUCUUUCCCCCCCUCUUCAACCACUUGUUUGGAAAUUUCAUUUACGGACUUUGCAUAUAGCUGUUGCAAAGCUGACACACACAAUUACCACAAGCUUCGGGGAAGGGCUGCAACUCAGUGGUAGAGCACCCACUUUUCAUAUAGACAGUUCCAGAUUCAAUCUCCAACAGCAUCUCCACAUAGGGCUGGGGAUGUUCCUCCUGCCUGAAACCCUGGAGAGGCACUGCCAGGCAGUGUUGGCAGUACUGAUGGGCCAAAUGGUCUGGGUUGAUUUAAGGCUGCCUCCUAUUUUUCUGAUGUUUUAUGUUUCACUGUUUGGGCUAGGAAAAUCUCUUAGAACAGGCGUGGCCAACUCCCAAGAGACUGUGAUCUACUCACAGAGUUAAAAACUGGCAGUGAUCUACCCCCUUUUUGGGGGUUCAGGUCAAGGUUGUUAAACUUUUUCUAUGAAGGAAAGUCCUGUUUUUUUGGGUUCAGGUCAAAGUUGUUGAGCUUUUUAGGGAGGAGGAAAGCCCUGUUUUGGGGGGUUCAGGUCAAAGUUGUUGAGCUUUUUUUAGGGAGGAGGAAAGCCACAUUUUUGGGGGAUGCAGGGCAAAAAUGUUGAGCUUUUUUUAGGGGAGCUAAAGUUGUUGAGCUGCUUUGAGGGGAGCCAGUGAUCUACCACAGACGUCCAGCGAUCUACUGGUAGAUCACGAUCUACCUGUUGGACGUGCCUGUCUUAGAAGGUAGACCAGCUCCCUCCUUGUACAUGAUGGAUAUGUGUGUGUCUUUUGUUUCCUUUUUUAACGUCACCAUUCCUUAAGCCUUGUUAGCUUUAUUUGGGGAAGGCAUCAGGGUUAAAAUCCAAUCAGGUGCAUGCUUGCUAGGGGGUCAAACCACGAAGCAGAUGAAUCGCAGCCGAGUGAAGCUGGGCUGUUUUGAGGGUUGGGGAAUGGAAAGGAUCAUGGUGAUUUCUGCAUUGCUGAUGCCAGGCAAAACUGGACAGACACCACCCGUUUGCAAGUAUUUUUCUGCUGGGUGACGUCCUCUUGCCAAUACGUAUUUUUGUGUGACGGGCUCUUGCAUUACCUGUGUGGGAAGAUGCAACCUGUCACGGAGUUGGGCUAACAAAACUGACCAGUUUGUUUGUUUUUAAAAAGGAAGAUAAUGAAAUCUGUGGGAGGUAAACAAGGCCCAGUCAUUCAUCCUUUGCUAGCUUUCUUAUAGGAACUUGGCUAAAUACUUACACCUAUUGUGGCUCAGUUUGUUGUCAGAAAGGCUUAUAAGUCACCCUUGGCCAAACUAGUCCCCUUCACAUGUUUUAGACUACAAUACCCAUCAGCCCUGGUCAGCUUGCCCAAAACCUAUGGAGGGGACCAGCAUGGCAAAGGCUUGUAUAAGUGAUCCACAAGGCCUAAACCAGAUGCUUUUCUCAAACCUCUUAAAACUUGCCAUGAUUGGGAACACAGUGACUGGGAUUGCCACACUUAUUCUGUGGCUUACUGGUAAGUACACAUACCAUAAUUAUCUGAAACCCCAUGAGAUGAUGCUUUGAGUAUACAGUGGUGCCUCGCUUAACGAAUGCCCUGCUUAACGAAAUUUCCGCUUAACGAAAGGUUUUUUCUAGCGGAGGUUGCCUCGCUAGAUGAAUUCGUUUUACGAAAAAUUCGUCUAGCGAAUUGCGGUUUCCCAUAGGAAUGCAUUGAAAUUCAAUUAAUGCGUUCCUAUGGGCAAAAAAAAUAUUCAAAAAAAUUUCAAUGCAUUCCUAUGGGAUUCGCUAGACGAAUUUUUCGUUAUAAGAAAAGACCCAUGGAACGAAUUAAAUUCGUCUAGUGAGGCACCACUGUACCCUCUCUAACAGCUAGGGCUAGAAAUACCCUCUGGCCUUUGUUCUCUGUCUGGAUUUGCUCAUUGUAAACCGCCUUGUGAUCCUCGGAUGAAGGCCAGUAUAGAAAUUUAAUAAAUAAUAGUAAUUGCAUUCUGCCAAGGCACUCAAGGCUGUUUACAGUUGUAAAAUAUUAAACUGAGUAAUAUACAAGACGACCUCUUAGGCAGACUGAUGUUCCCUUCAGGAUUUGAUGGUAAUAUGCUCCCUGGCCUGGGCUUCUUUAACUUCUGUUUCCCUCCUUCUUAAGAAACUGCAGGGAACAUGAACCCUGGGAUCCCCAACAUGGUGCCUGUGGGCCCAGACACGUACACACCUCUUUGCACCCACAAAGGUCCCCUCCACCUCCCAUUUUUAUCCCUUUUAAAAAGUUGAGGUGGUUUGGGGUCUUGCCUGCUUUUCUGUUUGGUUGGGGGGGGGUUAUGUUUUUGCCUCUUUAGGAAAUGCAGUGACCAGCCUUGCCAGCCUUAUUCCAUGAAAUGGGUAUUGUGUGGUGCCCACAACAGUUUUUUGUUUUAAUUCCACAUGUGCCCCCCACCCCCGGGCUUCAAAAGGUUGAAGACGUGAGUUAACACUGUCCCUCUCAUAUCAGCCAGGAUUGGAUUCUAUGAAAUCAAGUUCCUAAGUCCAUUAACAACCUUCCUACCUGUUUUAUCCAUCCCAAAAAACUGUUACGAGAGUCUUGAAUGCUAUCCUAAUCAUCUUCUGCCUUAACUGAUGUUUGGCUUUUAAUAUAUAAUCUUCUGAAGUACAAAUUAUUGAGUGUGGAUUCCAGAUAUCCUUGUUGCCACAUUAUGGGUCUUGGGUUGGGCCUUCCUAACACAUAUUAAGAGGAUUCUCUCCCUGCCAUUCUUCCUCCUAAACGUCCCAGUUGGCAAUAAGGUGGUAUUUGACCUCCUUGCAGAACUUGUUUGAAAUGCAGAAUCUCAAUGUGGAGGCAAGUCUUGCCUUGAUGAUCACAGGUGACUGCAUCUGUUUGGUAGCCAUUAUGCAAAGGUGCUUAAAGAGCAACAAAAGUGCGUCCAGCUCUGUGUGACAACUUAUGCCUUUGGAGGAUCUGGUGUUUGCUUCUGUGGUGCAGAAGAGUGGUCUGCAACUGCUGCUGGUGUGUAACCCAUCCCUGUCUUAGUCCAUGCACUGUUGUGCCUUCAAAAAGCAAAGUUUGAAAUUAGGGGCUUGACUUGGGAAUGCAAACCAGUGGGUGUGAAUGGGGGGUGGGGUGGCUUGAUGACUCUCCUGUGAGUGUGUGUUGGGUUUUUUAACAUGUACACUGAGCUCUAAUCUGUAUAAAACUAUUUUAUGACGUCUCUU